UCUGUUUGUGGAGCGUCAAAGUUGAAAAAAAAGCGACAGCAUAAAUCAAUCAUCAUCCACCCGCUCCAUCUUCUCUGGCACAACUACGCUCCUCCCACUUUCUUUCUUCUUCCUUUCUUUCUUCUGUCUCUUUGUAGCUUUGACGAAUGUUCUUUGGUCUUCCCCAGCUCUGAAACGUUUUCGUGUGGAAUCAACUGUUGUCUCGGCAGAGUGUGAUCUUGAGAAAGGAGCAGUAAGAAAAUGGACGGUAGAAGUUGGCCAUGGAAGAAAAAGUCUUCAGACAAAGCCACGACCGAGAAACCAGUGGUUGGAAACGAGUCAACUAAUGUCUCUUCUUUGUCCUACCUAGCAUCCCUCGAGAGUCAGGAGAAGUGUAAGAAUACAAAUUAUGUUCAGAUAACUAUGGAUUCAUACACGCAUCUGAGUAGAAUGGAGGAUCAAGUCAAAGCAUAUGAGAGUCAAGUUAAGGAUCUUCAUGAAAAACUCACCGCUGCACAAUCAGAGCUAAACACUAAAGAAUGUUUGAUUCUUCAGCAUGCCAAAGUCGCCGAAGAAGCUGUUUCAGGUUGGGAGAAGGCUGAUGCAGAGGCUUUGGCACUCAAACGUCAACUUGAAUCUGUUACACUCUUAAAGCUCACUGCAGAGGAUCGAGCAUCGCAUCUGGACGAUGCGCUGAAAGAGUGCACGAGACAGAUAAGGACUGUGAAAGAUGAGAGCGAGCAGAAGCUUCAAGCCGUGGUUCUUGCCAAAACCCUUCACUGGGACAAGAUCAAAGCCGAGCUCGAAGGAAAGAUCGACGAGUUAAACCAAGGACUACACCGAGCAGCUUCCGACAACGCAUCACUCACAAGAUCGUUGCAAGAACGGUCAGAGAUGGUAGUAAGGAUCAGGGAGGAAAGGUCUAAAGCCGAAGCCGAGGUUGAAAGGUUAAAGACUAGUCUUCAGUUAGCUGAGAAGGAGAUCAGCUCGCUCAAGUACGAUGUCCACGUGGCUUCAAAAGAAGUAGAGAUCCGCAACGAGGAGAAGAACAUGAGCUUGAAGUCAGCGGAGAACGCGAACAGACAGCAUCUCGAAGGAGUGAAGAAGAUUGCAAAGCUCGAAGGAGAGUGUCAGAGGCUGAGAGGGCUUCUGAGGAAGAAGCUCCCUGGUCCUGGUGCCAUGGCUCAGAUGAAGCAAGAAGUCGAAUGCUUAGGACAUGAACUCGCAGCAGACCCUAAGUGGGAAGAGUGCAGAAGACGCGCAGUGGAGAUGGAGGAGGAGAUUCAGACGCUCAAAGAACAGCUCGCUUCUCGUAGCAACGAGCUGAGUGUUUCGAGAAACGUGUGCGCCAAGACUCUUGGAAAGCUUAAGGCUCUUGAAGGACAGAUGCAGAGUAGUAAUCAGUAUCAGCCUAGUGUCACCUCGGUGUCAGAAGAUGGAUUUGAUGAAGAAGGAAGCUCCUCUGAGUGUGGUGGUGGUGAUUCUCAUAAAGCGAGGAAAGCAGCAAACGUCGAUGGCGGCUCCUCAAAGCCUAGGGUGUUGUCUAAUAAUAGACUUGAGCUGAUGGAUGACUUCCUGGAGAUUGAGAAGUUAGCAGCAGCCAGUGAUCCUAACUCAGCUUCAAAGUCUUGCAACAGCGCCUGCAGUAGGUACAGUGAGCAGGAUGAUUAUACAGCGCUUGAUCAGCUGCUGCGUUCAAGAAUCAGUAGAGUGUUCGAAUCUCAAGAAGGCGUUAUUAGCGUUGAGAAAAUAGUCGAAGCCACGAGAGUUUUGAUCCAAGGAUCAUGGACCAAACAGCUCUCAAGUCCUCUGUUUGAAGUUGCUAAUGAAACUAUGGAGAAGCAUGUUUUGUCAUCUCAAGACAGCAACAACAAGGCUACAUUGGUAGAUAAAGAGGUUGGAGAUUCAGAAUCUUAUCCACCAGGGGACACAUUUGCUAAGGAUGAUUCAACAUCUAAGAGCUCGUUGAAAGAGCUAAAGUUGGAGAAAGAAAACAUUGAACUCGAAUUAUCAAGAUGCUUGCAGAAUCUUGAAAGUACAAAGUUGGAGUUGGAAGAGAAAGAGCAGGUCAUAGCAGAGAUGAACUCGCAGAGAGACCUGCAAAGCUUGGCAGAAACUCAGCUCAAAUGCGUGACCGAGUCAUACAAGACGCUGGAACUCCAUGCCAAAGAUUUAGAAGCUAAAGUGAAAAUAUUGGAAGAAGAGACAGAGAGACUUGAAACGGCGUUCUCCACAGAAAGGCGUGGACAUGAGGAGACUCUAGCUAAAUGCAAAGACCUUCAAGAAAAUAUGCAAAGGAAUGAGACUUGCAGAGAGUGUUCAGCAUCCAAACUCCAACCUAAUCAGGAGAAAGACAUAGCAUCAGCAACCGAGAAGCUUGCAGCUUGCCAAGAAACGAUUCACUUACUCAGCCAACAAUUGCAAUCCUUGCAACCUCAGAGCAACCACGUUCCCAAAUCUCAAUCUCCUGAGAAGAAGCUUCAACACUACAAAACCUCAGAAGCAGAAGAUGAUGUUCCUCAUGAUGAUCAUAACAUUCAGCCAUCUCAUUCUUUUAGACACACGGUGAAUCCAACAGUCCAUGCGAUUAUCAAGUCUAGCUCGGUUUCUUCAUCUUCUAGAGAAGAUGGUGAGAAGCAUACGCGCGGGUUAGGACGUUUCUUCUCAUCCAAAUCGAAGAACAGUGGACGUUAAGAAAGCUAGGAGAUAAACAUACUCAUUUAUCUGCUUGUUCGUUUUGAUCUUCAUCUUCCUUCUUGAUAUGUGUAUAUGUUUUAUAAUGCGUUUUUGAGUGUGUGAGAAGAGAACAGUUUAGUUGAGAUCAGUCCUUGUCUUAA